AUGACGUCUUGGCUUGUUCCUGUAUCAACGCCAACAGGUAAUAACCGUCGUAUUGAACUUGCUGGUCUCGAUCUGUCAAUCAUUCCACGUAUUGACAAUAUUUUUGUCUAUCCAGGCGAAUUGAAUAUCGAUCGAUUUAAAAGUGCACUCAGUCAAACUCUUUCUUUAUGGCCUUUAGUUGCUGGUCGUUUUCUUGUGCUAGACGAUGGUCACUAUUUCAUUGAAAUGUCUGACAACGGUAUUCCUGUUACAUAUACUGAAAAUACACAACUAGAAAAAUGGCCUCUCAACAAUAACGUUGUUGUUGAUAUCACUCAAGUGGCACUUAUACCAUACAUUGAUGGAGUUCAAACUAUGAAAUUAAUGGAGAGUUCUAAUGAAGAACCAUUGUUACGUUUAAAAUUGACAUGUAUUACACAAAGUGGUGAAUGGGUUUUAGCUACAAGUUGGGCACAUGUUCUGGGUGAUGCUGAAUCGAAUUUAAAUUUUCUGACUACAAUUUCACGUUUAUAUCAGCAAUUGGAACCUAUGAAACCGUUGCCAACUUUUGAGAGACGCUUAUGGAGAGAAGAUGAAGCUGAUCAAUCACUAUUACCAUUAAUGAAGGAAUUGAUUAAUGCUAAACCACUUAGAGAAAUGAUUCAAUUGUUCUUGAGUAGAGAAGACACAUAUGAACAACUUAAUUUACAUUUUUCAAGCAAACAACUUUCUAGACUACAUGAAUUAGCUGGCGGUAAGUCAGUGACUACACAAGAUGCUCUUACAUCGUACAUCAUUCUACUACUAAAUACUAAUUGCUUCAAAAACGAUGAUGAACAUCUUAUUCUACGAACCAAUACGGCCAUCAACUUUCGUGGUGUAUGUGACUUCAUUGCUCCGAUUGGACUUGUUUCUAAUGCUGUUAUCUUCAUGGCAUCUGACAUUUUCGAUGAUCCAUUAUCUUUGUCAAGUAUUGCUAAAACGAUUCGUCGAUCGAUUGUUCGAACACGAGAUCCGAAAUUCCUCGAACCAUGUGUUGCAACUGCUGAUCGAUUGUUAAGAAAAAUAGUACGGGAAAAUUUUAUGCCUAAUUUAGGACCAUUUCCUAAUGAUGUAACCGUCAAUUCAAAUUUUCGUUUCGAUUGGGCGUUUCUUGUUGAUUUUGGCUACACGGAUAAGUGUCGUUUCUAUACACCAUGGACUGGUCGAUUAUAUUUUCGUGUAUUCCAUCUGAAUCCGAUAAAAAACGGUAACGAAUGGCUACCACGAGAUCGUGAUGGUGCUGAAGUUGCUUUUCGUAUUGCACCUGAUAUUAAAGAAAAAUUUAUUUCAGCAUGGGAAAAGGACGUCGAAGAAAAUUUUUCAAAUAUUAAACUGUAA